AAAGAAGGGAUAUAUUAUUUUCGUGAAUUUAACAACGUACCACAGGGAAGAAGAGAAAGAGUUUUCUGUGGCUCUAAUCCUUGGCCGAACGAUGAAUAUGUCCCGAGAUUCCAGACAGUAAUAUGGGAGUACUUUGAAAAGACUCAGGCAUUGGCGUCGAAAUUGCUGGGCUGCAUGGCGAUAUUUUUAGGUUGGUACUGCAGAAAAUUGAAAUUUGUUAGUCGGAGACCUGCUGGCCGCUACGUGACGGAAUGCUUGAGCAGGCCCUCUUUGGCUGAGAUUUUAUCGACAGGGUUCCAAGUACAAAAAAAGUUCUUUUCACCGGUGAAUUUUCACAUUAAGGUCCUCUCUGAACUCAAACGUAGUGAUUUCGAGAGUUGAACGAAUAGAGUACGUGCCAGUUGCACUCACUGAGGUCAUUUGUGCUUUACAUUCCAGCUAUACGUGAUCUCUUUGAUACUUGCAAAAUUUUCAUUUUCUUGUGAAUGAGUAUGGUUGCCUACCUCCUAUUCCCUCUCUCGGUGUGAAAUGAGUACCGGGUAUUAACUUUUCUCUCACGAGUGACCGAGACAGAAUUUCUCCUUACAAUAUCAAUGUAAAAUCAAGCAGACGCGUGAUUUAGAGAAAUGUAAAUUAAGGGUUACUAAUUGAUACAAUACCAAAUUCUCUUAACUAACAUCACCAGAGUUGUAUGGCAGACAGUAGGGAGAAUUACUAAUGAGAUGUUAAGAGUGAAAGGGUUGGGCAAUGAUACCUGACAAACCUCUCUGUUUGUUUACUCUUUUGCAGGCCUGGAAAGGGAUUUUUUCAACAAGGAAUUCACUAAUGAUCCAUUUGCUCAAAUAGCUAUGUUUCACUACCCUCCCCACCCUACAUCAAAAGAUGACCCAGAGGUGUGGGGAGUGGGGAGACACACUGAUUAUGGCAUGCUUACAGUUCUUCUCCAGGAUGAUGUAGGUGGACUUGAAGUGGAGACCAAAGAUGGACUGUGGAUGGAUGUUCCCCCAGUUCCAGGCUCUCUCAUCAUUAACAUAGGAGACAUGGUAGAGAUCUGGACAAAUGGGGCUUUUAAGGCCCCUCCUCACAGGGUCAAACUGUCAGCAACUAAUCAUAGGCUUUCAGUUGCAAUGUUUUAUGAGCCAGGGUUCGAGAGUGUUAUCUCACCCAUUCCUGUUGACAAAGCUCUAAUUCCUUUAGAAAAAUCACUGGCAAAGCCCUCUUUGACGUUUCCAAUACGCUAUGGUGAUUACGUUCUAAGUAAAUAUUGCAGCAUCUUACCAGAGAAUAAGCCAUAACAUAAAAUAUGUAACACAUUUAAAGAUACAGUUCUAGAUAAUUUGUUGCUUUUUAUAAGAAUAACUCAUGAUUUAUGAAGUGAAUUAUAGGAUUAUUAAUGCACUCUGUUGCCAAGUAUUGUAGCUACCCCAAGAGUUGAAAAAAAAAAUAGAAAAAUAUUUAAGCUACAUUCAUUUGUAACUGUUGAUAACAGCUUGCACAGCCAUUACCAAAUUUAAAUUUGUUGAAUUUUCCCCCUCUUGGAUGAAAGAUAGGCCAUGACAGAUUUCCCUCAUCUGCCCCCAUCUAGUAUACUCUGCAAUUUAGUGUGCUUAGUGAGAGAAAAAUCAAUAAACCUUUGCAGAAAUAAAACAAAAAUAUGAAGAAAAGACUCACGCCAACUUACACACAGGCAAAUGUUAAAUCUAUAACCUGCCAGGUGGACUUUAAGGCAAUUGAAAAUUUCCAUGCAAAAUUAACCACAAGGGUUAGAAAGCAGUUUAUUUUCCCUUUGGCAGACAUAAUUUUUGCUAGCAAGUGCUCAGUUUUUUCUUGGUUGAAAAUUAUAGCUGCAUGGUGUGGGACAAUAAAAGUUACUUUUCCAUUUCCCCACCCCAUCAUUCAUUCUUACUUUAACUCAAUUACAUUGCCAGUGAAAUGAACAAAUGCAAGGUUGCAACAUUAACUUAUCUUGACAUCUGCAUUGAAGGGUUAGUCAAGACCAAAAAAAUAAAUGUUUCCCUUUCCCAGCCUUUUGUAUGGUGUAGAGUAUUCAUAGGUCAAGUGAUUCCUCUCAUUGCCCUUAUUCAACUGUCUUUUAUUCAGUGAUCAAGAUAGCAUAUUUACCAUAGGAUACUGACAAUUAGUUAUUUGCAGUGCUUUCAGUAAGAUUUGAAGUAGCUGGCUACCUCGGUAAAGCACUCGCCGGAGGAUAAUAUGAAAAACAAUUUCGAUCUCAUUAGCCCAUUAGUUCCAUUUGAGUAAAAUUGCUUCAAACAGAGUUUUCUGCGGCGAACUUUGGUAAAUGAUCGUUAAAUACUGGUCUCCUUUGUAACAACUGUUUAACUGAUUGUUUAUUUCUAAUCAAAAUCUUCCAUUUACUGACUUGCAAACCUGCUGCCCGAGUUUCACACAAAAAGUCCUCUAAAAGGACAUGUGAUAACUGGUUACUGAAAUUUUAGUCAGUAUGUACUUGCAAGCUUAAAAUCUUAUUUUUCCAGGAAAUUUGGUUUACAGUAUAACAAGACAGUACCAAUACCACGUCUCGUUCCACACGUGAAGGAGUUACUAUAUCCAUUCCAACAUGGUUUCAAAAGGGAAGGUCUCGUGUCGCGCAACUCUUAGAAGCUUUUUAUGAUAUCAGUGACGCGCUGGACCGUGGGAUUGAAACUGAUAUUAUCUAUCUUGACUUUGCCAAGGCUCUUGACUCUGUAUGUCCCGCUAAGCUGAUAUCCAAGUUAUCAACCUUUGGAAUAAAGACCCUUUACUAACUUGGUUUCACUCAUAUCUAACUGGGAGGAGUCAGAGAGUGGUGAUAAAUGGAACGUCUUCUAGAUGGACCGUUGUAGGGUCAGGUGUCCCGCAAGGGUCACAAUUUGGGACCAAUACUGUUUUUACUAUUUGUUAAUGACAUGCCUAAUGUUGUUACCAGUGCAACAAUGGCUAUGUUUGCAGAUGACUCCAAAUGUUACAAGGUUACUAACCACCAUUCUGAUUACUUGCAUCUGCAGCAGGAUUUAGAUGCGCUUUCAAAUUGGUCUUUGCGUAAUGAGUUGUUUUUUCAGCCUACUAAGUGCAGCAAUUUGAGAAUUUCUAGGAAGUGCAUAAGUCCUCCUUAUAGCUAUGUUUUAAAUGGUAUUAAUGUGGAGUUGACACAGCCGAAAAAGAUCUAGGUAUUAUGAUUACAAAUGACACCUCUUGGAAAGAUCACUUUGUCAUGAUUGUAGCUAAAGCUAAUAGGAUGCUUGAUUUUCUCAAAAGGAACUGCCCUGGUAUUGUUGGUAGUACGGUGCUUUUGCAUCUUUACUGCUCUUUAGUACGCUCUCAUUUUUGUUUUUGCUCUCAGUUAUGGGCCCCUCAGUCAAGUACCAGCAAUUUAAUCCUUGUUGAAAACAUACGAAGGAGAGCUACUCGUUUUAUCUUAAGGAAUAGUAACCUAUGUUAUAAGGCUCAUUUAAUCAAGCUUAAGUUACUACCACUAAGUUACUGGUUAGAAUAUCUUGACUUCUUUUUUAAGUGCCUUCAUGGGCUUAUAGAUUUCACUCAUGAAUUAAGUUAUUAUUUUUCUUUUCUAAAGGGCAACACGCGCUGUGCUUCAUCAGGGCUGCAUUUAAAGUUAAAUGCCUGUCGUAUGUCUUCCUUUCGAGACUUUUACUUCAACAGAAUAACUUUGAUGUGGAACAGUUUACCUAAAAAUAUCAAGGAUUCAGACAUUAUAAGCUCUUUUAAAAGUAAACUCAAGUCGUUUUAUUUUACUAAACUUUUGAAUGCUUUUGAUAGAGACAAUUUUCGUUCUUUUAAAUUAAUUUGUCAUAAGUGUCGCAGUGUAAAUACUUCUUCUGUCUGUACUUGUUAA